AUGGACGCACCUCACGACAGCAGCCCCCCUGUGCUCAACUACGUCCUCAGCUUCCUCCUCGUCGGCCUCGCCUGGGGCGGCACGACGCCGUUCAUCCGCAGCGCCGCCAAGUCGCACCGGCCGUCGCCGCGCCCGACCCUCGACGGGGCCGGCUGGCUGCGCUCGCGGGUGUACGGUGCCGCGUUCGCCGUCAUCGACCUGCUGCGGAAUCCGCGCUACGCGGUGCCGCUUCUGCUGAACCUCACGGGCAGCGUGUGGUUCUUCCUACUCAUCGGACAAGCCGAACUCAGUCUCACAGUGCCCAUCGUAAACACAAUGGCAUUUCUCUUUACCGUUCUCGGUGAAUGGCUGGUCGAGGGCAAGGUCAUCAGUCGAGAUACGGGCGCCGGGAUGCUUCUGUCGUUGAUCGGCAUUGGGCUGGCUAUGUAA